UCUUCCUGGGUUUUCCCUUAGAGUCGGGAUGGGCUGCUAGGCAACCGGGCAACGUUUCUCCGUAGAUGCAAGAGGCCUUCCCGAGUGUGGAGAAAACAUGAAAUUCACGGACUACUGCCUUAGUUCCGAAGGAACCGAUGUGAUUCAAGCAACAUCAAGUGAUGAAAAAUACCCGCCAGAAAAUAUCACUGAUGGAAAAUCUGAAACCUUUUGGACAACAACUGGGAUGUUUCCACAGGCAUUUAUUAUUUGUUUUCAUAAAUGUGUAACCAUUAGCAAACUCACAAUCCAGUGUUAUUGUGUGCAGACAUUACGGAUUGAAAAAAGCAUAUCUAAAGAUCCAGUUGAUUUUGAAGAAUGCAUUGAAAAAGAGCUGCAACAUAAAGAAGGAGAACUUCAAACAGAAGAAUUUUCUUUUCCUGAGAUCCAAGCGACAUACUUGCGAUUCAUUAUUUUGUCUGGCUUUGAUGCUUUUGUGUCAGUUCAUAGGGUGAUAGCAGAAGGAUUAACACAAGAUAGUGAAAACCAAACUUAAUGUGCUGCAAUCACAACUGUAUAAAUAUUGUACUGACAUUUGUAUUCUAGAUUAUGCAAUCCAAGCAGUAAAGUAUGUUUUCUAAA